AUGUCCUCGUUAACAGUCCACCACCUGCACAUCUCGCAGUCCGAGCGAAUCGUCUGGCUCUGCGAGGAACUAGAGAUUCCCUACGUUUUGAAGACGUACAGGCGCAGCCCGAUCUUCGCGCCGGCAGACCUGGCUGCUUUGACGCCGCAGCGGUCCGCGCCGGUCAUCACGACCACCAACGCCGUGACGGGCGUCGAGUUCAACAUGUCCGAGUCCGGCGCCAUCGCCGAGUACAUCAACAGCAUAUUCGGACACAAUCGACUCUCGCUCGCGCCCACGCACGAGAACUACCCGGACUACGUGUUCUGGUUCCACUUCGCCAGCGCGAGCCUGGCGCUGGCGUUCUUCCGCAAGAUGAACGCCGCGCUACUCCAACCGGCGGCCGACAACGCCUUCGCAAAGGCCAUCGGCGCGGGACUCCACAAACACCUCGCCGCCGUGGAUGCGCGGCUUGCGCACACCGGCGCCUACCUCGUGGGCGAGCACUUCACGCUCGCGGACAUCAUGACCGCCUGGUCCCUCACCACGGGCCGCCAGUGGCAUCCCGCCGAUCUCUCAGCAUAUCCGGCCAUCCUGGCGUAUUUGCAGCGCAUCGCCGCGCGGGAGGGGUACCGGAGGGCGAUGGACAAGGCCGAGCCAGGCCUGGAUUGGCGGCAGGCGCUGACGGCCCAGGGCCCGGAGGUGUUCCCUGCGUACCGCCAACUGUUGGACCAGAUGGGGAUCGAUGCUGCGCAGCUGAAGAACUGA